AGGAGGAAUCGCCCCUUGCUGUUGCUGCUGGAGGAGGCUUGCUCAUGCCACUGCUGGCGUCAAGGUCUCAGCUAGGGUAGCAGUGGUGGUGGUGGCGGCACGGGGAGCCGGGCCGCGUCUGCGCGUGUCGCGAGCGACAGACACGGGCGACUCGACACUUCACAGCGUGGGAGACUUCUUGGUGCCACUGCUUGUAUCAGGGCCUGAGACUGAGAAAGCAGCGGAGGAGGCGACACGGCGAGCGGGGCCGCGUCUGCACGUGUCAGGGAUGAGAGACGCGGGCGACUCAACACUUCACAGCGUGGGUGACUGCAUUUGUCGUGAUGGCAUCAAAAGAUCCUGCAUAUGAGAUUAUUAGAACCAACAAAGUGAAUCUGCAGAAAUACCUCCAGGCGAAGUCUUCAGAAGUGCUUGACCAUUCCUAUCAAACAGAGAUAGUCCUGGACAGUGAAUAUGCGUCCCUCAAAAGCGAGAAUGACCCCAUUGCACGAACACGGCACCUGGUUGACCUGGUGCUCGACAAGGGAGAAGAUUUGUGCAUGAGAUUCCUUAAAGAUGUGCUGGUGCCACUGAGAUCCGAGAUCCCCCUCUUGGAUCAGUGGAUAUCACAGCAUGAGCAGGAACUCAUCGUGAUGGGUGUUGAUCUGAGCAGAACUGCGGGUAAAGCCAUCCCUGGAGCAGCUUCUCGCAAAACAAACGAGACAAGUGGUUGGAACAUUUUUGUCAUGAUAAAAAAAUUACUUUACAAAGAUAACCCUGGUGAGGAUUACAGAGAAUUCUUGCUGAAGCUGACAUCAUUAACACGAGACUACGACGCACGACCUGGAGAACCUGCAGUGUUUUUGCGAGAUAGGAUGGUGAAGCCAAUUCUGGUUCCCUACUACCACCAGCAGGAAACCAAGGAGCACGAGUUACUAGCGAGAGGCAAGCAGCACGAGGAGCUGAUGAAGAGAGCACAGAGAGAAGGGAUUACUUACAAGAAGCUCUUUGAUCCCAUUGAUUCCAUUGGAAAAAAAACCCACCCCCAACUGGUUAUUGUAGUGGGGACUCCAGGCAGCGGUAAAACCAUGUUGAGCAAAUUCAUUGUGCACAGCCUUCUGUCAGGUGAGAGAGUGUUUGCACAACGCUUUGAGCACAUUGUGCUCAUAAGGUUCAGGGAGAUAAAUGAUGUUGGAGAAGUGUCACUCGCAGAGCUGUUUUCUGUGAUGCACUCAUGUUUGGGAAACAAAGUGGAUGAGGUUUUCGCAAAACAAGACAGAACCCUGUUUGUUAUGGAUGGGUUGGACGAGUUUGGAAAGCCCCUUCAGUAUGCCAAUGCUUGCACUGAUCCACAUAAGACGGCAACAGUAGAAACCAUCAUUGCUGCCCUAGUGAAUGGAAAUCUCUUGCCCAAGGCCUCUCUCUUGAUAACGACCAGACCCAUUGCCAUGGAGCAGCUGAGUGAAGUGAAUGUUGAUCGAGCUGUUGAAAUCACUGGGUUUUCCAACAAAGAUAAAAUAUCAUUCUUUAACAAAUUUUACCAAGAUAGGAGUCUAGCAGAAAGGGCACUCAAGCUCCUGCAGGAAAAUGAAACAGUGAAUACAUUGUGCCAGAACCCUUCAUUCUGCCAUAUAGCAGCCAUUACACUGAAGGAAUAUUUACAGAAGUCUGAUUAUUCUGAGAUUAUCCUCAAGUCAAUGACCGACCUCUUCACACAAUACGUGUUUGGGCUAAUAGUGCACCAUGGACGUGGCAGCUGCGGAGCCAAGGAAAUUGUUUCGCCUCUUGCCAAUAUGGCUCUGAAGGGGGUUCAGCAAAACAUCCAGGUGUUCAGCCAAAAAUAUCUAGAAGAGUGUGUUAGUUCUUCUGAACUAGGCAGUACAUUCAUCAACAAAGUGUUCACAUGCAAGGGCAUUAAACAAGGGAGUUGUUAUUCAUUUUCACACUUGACAAUGCAGGAAUUCUUUGCAGCUAUAGCCGUGCAUCUGUCACAUUCAACAUGGCCAGUGAGUGACGUCAUCAAGGCUAUUGAGGACAGCAAAGAUGGGAGGUUUGACGUGUUUCAGAGGUUUUUUUGUGGACUUGCAUCAAGCACUCCAUGGAAGUUCUUUGAGGGUAUCUUGGAUCCUCCAUCUGCUGAUUCUCAAAAGGAAAUAAUCGAGUGGCUCAAUCGCAGCAUGGUGACUCAGAAGUAUAACAAUCACAGGCUCAUCAGUCUCCUGCACUGCGUCUACGAGCUGCACGACCGCAAGUCCCUGAGUGAUGCCACUCGGUCCAUGACUGAGAUAGACCUGUCAGGCACAAGGCUGUCCCUGCCAGACUGCACUGCCAUCUCCUGGAUCCUGCUGCAGCGAGAAGAACCUGUGAAUACACUUUACCUGUUAGGCUGCGGCAUUGGCACCGAUAAAAUGAAGAGGCUUCAGCCUGGACUGCAAAGAUGUAAACAUCUAGUGCUGGGUGACAACAAGAUCAGAGACAGCGGACUCCAGCUCAUAGCGGACGGGAUGUUGGGGAGAGAAGGGAGUUUGGAGACGUUAGCCCUGUAUCAGUGCUCACUGACGGACAAGUCGGGUUCCUCUCUCAGUGUCAUCCUCAAGGCCAACACAGGUUUGAAGAGUCUCGGGCUGAGUCAGAACGAGAUCGGAGACAGCGGCCUCCGACUUUUAGCGGACGGGAUGUUGGGGAGAGAAGGGAGUUUGGAGAAGUUAGAUCUGAUACGCUGCUCACUGACGGACAAAUCGAUCCCAGCUUUCCAUGAAAUCAUGAUCACCAACAAAGCAUUGAGGAAGCUCAGGGUGGAGUGCAAUGACUUCAGUGAGGAGGGGAAGCAGGAGCUGAGGAGCAAAUGGACUCCCAGAGAAGGCCUGCGUUUGUAGAUUUAAGCGGAGAGGCGACACUGGCGCUGCAACAGAUGGAGCUGCCCCACGCACGACUCGCACAGCAGCCCGGUGCAUUUCACCUCAAGAGCUCCGAUCACCGGCACCGACUCUGAGCCUGACUGAGACGACAAUGAGCGGGGAGCUUUCUCUCUCUGUGAACCCCACACGAAGCCAAGGGUGAACGCGGCUCCAAGAUUCUGAUGAGCUUCGGAUGGUGUAACUGUAUUUAUGAAUGUGGUGUAGGGAAGCAAUGUUGGGGUAGUGGGGGAGGGGUGGCAGGGGGAAUGCGGAGGGUUGCGAGGCAGGGGGUGAUUUUCAGUGGUCUGGCAGCUCACCUGUUACGUCACGUAGCUAAAAACAUUUUCAUAAAUUUCGCAUUUGUCACAAUGGCAUACACAGCAUACAAAUCAUACAGCUAAUAUGUUUUGCUUAUAACUUGCCCAUUGCUUUCAUCUUCAUUAUUGUGUCAACUCACGUUAAAAUAUCUUUUUUAUUAUUGUGUGAACUCACGUUCAAAUACACCAUUUUUUUAAAUAUCACCUUCCUAUUAUUACAUUACUUAUCUUCACUUACAGCUUUCGUGACUGCAGGAUUUCAUAUUCUUUGCUGCCCGGGUAAAACUGCAUGGCCGGGAGUCGGACCCAUUCCCUGUACACCUUCAGGUGCGACAGGCAUGUCCUCCGGCUCCCACAUUAAUUUACAUAUAUUUUUACCACGUACUUCCUGAAGCCUUAUAUCUGCUACAGCUACAAUGGGAGCCUGAUCAAUGCCCAGGUGUGGUCAAGAGAUAGCUCCCUUUUGCUCAACCAUGUUACGUUUGCCGAUCUGGUAAUUGCUGCUUGCUCAGAAGAGGAGUUGGAGGCGCUGCUGCUGAACCUUGAGCUUUCCGCUAAGAGGUGGGAUCUUACCAUCAGCCCCACCAAAACUAAGCACCUGCCUGGGUAUUUUGUACCAUCGGACACUCCCAAUUGGUGAUAGGGCAGUUGUGGAGAGAGUGGACAGUUUCCCAUAGCUGGGCAGUGUACUCAUGAUUGGCUAUGGUUAACCAGCAGAGGUCUCACUCCGAAUCAGUUGUGUGGCAUUAUC